AGCUACAGCCCUAGAGCUUCUCCUUAAGGAUGUGACCCUACAAGGCCUCUCCCAGCCCCUGUACAGCUGUCCGGGCGGGGACAGCGUGGGGGGAUUUCUCACGAGACCUUGGAAUCAGACGCUUCAGCUCUUGGCGUUUCCUGCUGUUUUUCCCUCUGCUGCUGCCCAACUGAUCCCAGGAAUCACAACAGCUUCUAGGAAACCCAGAGCUCAGCAGCAGCGGCACGGAGCAGAGAGUGGCACCGUCCCACUAAGGCUCAUCAUCCCCAUCUCCAAAGCUAAAAGAGAGGUGUUUUUUCCUGCUGGAGGGGGACCCUGCCUCUUGCAUUGAGUGCUGCCCACCAGCACAGCACACCCGGCCACACACCCUGCCUCUGUUUCCCUCAUUGCUUGGGAGCUGCGCCAUCAGUGUGCAAUGGCUGAGGAUGGCGGGGCUGCCUCUGACAGCCCCCAGGCUGUCACCCUGAGUGCACGCAGUGUGGAGGACUUGUAUGAGCUGCUGGAGACGCUGGGCAGCGGGCACUUUGGAGUAGUAAAGCGAUGCCGGGAGCGCAGCACCGGUGCUUUUUAUGCUGCCAAGUUUGUGAAGACACGGCGAUGCCGGGGCAGCCGACGAGGCCUGGAGAGGGUGCAGGUAGAGAAGGAGGUGGCCAUCCUGCGGGACCUACAGCAUCCCAACAUCAUGCAGCUGCACGAUCUCUUCACCUGCAGAGCUGAGAUGGUGCUGGUGUUGGAACUGAUGCGUGGUGGGGAACUCUUUGACUUCAUUGCGGAGAAGGAGAUGCUGUCAGAGGAAGAGGCCAUUGAGUUCCUGGAGCAGAUCUUGCUUGGAGUGCAGUACCUUCAUGGGCGCCGCAUCGCCCACUUUGACCUCAAGCCCGAGAACAUCAUGCUGCAGGAGAAGGAUGUUCCCAAGCCCCAAAUCAAGAUCAUUGACUUCGGCCUGGCCCAGAAGCUGGAGGAUGGUGUCACCUUCAAAAGCCUCUGUGGGACCCCCCAGUACAUUGCUCCCGAAGUGAUCAACUAUGAACCACUGAGCUCCGCCACCGACAUGUGGAGCAUCGGGGUCAUCACCUACAUCCUGCUCAGCGGCUUGUCCCCUUUCCAGGGUGAGACAGAUGCUGAGACCCUCUCCAACGUCCUGGAGGGCACCUAUGAGUUUGAGGAACGUUAUUUCAGUGACACCUCUGAGUUGGCCAAGGACUUCAUCCAGAAGCUGUUGGUGAAGGAGCCUCACUCUGUCUAUUGCAGGGAGCGAAUGACCGCAUCUGAGUGCCUUGUGCAUCCUUGGAUUAAGCCCCUGAGCAGGAAACAGGCAGCAAAACGGAGCCGUUCCUCCAUCAACAUGAAAAACUUCCGCAAGUUCAACGCCAGGAGGAAGUGGAAGCUCUCCUACAACAUGGUAUCUGCCUGCAACCGGCUGUGCCGCAUGCGGCUGCUCUGCAGCCCCAGGACGGAGGAUGAGGAGCUGCGCUGCUGUGAGAGUGACCAGGAGGAGGAAGGCAGCCGCCCUGUGAUGCUGCUCCGCCGACGUAGGAGCAGCUGCUCCUGAGACCCUCCACUGGGUUGGGGGCAGCAAAGUGGGGCCAUCCCACAAGAGGAACCUCCAGACCCCACUUUGCCCCCAGCAGAUGUGAGCACCCGGGUGCUGGAGCUGCUGCUCCCAGUGCUGCUGUGCUGAGGGUCACUGGGGCAGAGCCAGGGGCACUGCUGUGCUCUCCAGGUAUCCCCUCACCUGUGGGUUCUGCCCUUCCCUUGGUUCUAAUUCAAGAAAUAAAUGUGCCCCUAUCCUUGUA